AGGAUACCAACUUUGACCGAGAACUGCUCUUCGACCUGAAAAAGGAGAACCAAGUGUACCUUAACCGCACCAUGUCGUUGUUGAUCAAGUAUAUUGUGAAACGGGAAGUAGACAACUACCGGUCGAGGCGCACGGACGCCAUCAGUCGCCGCGUGUAUUCCUCCCUCAUCAUGAAACUCAUUGACAUCGCCAGGGAUCUACCACGCAACUCCAGCGCAGCGAGCCGCAUCGACACCGCGCACCGGUACUACAUGUCGGUGGAGAGUCGCGACAUGCACGACCAGAUGGCCGACGUGCAAGUGUUCCACGCGUGCGCGCGUCUCUACGACGUCAUGCUCACUACACCUCGAAUAGUAUCCGAUCUAGGUAAUCUAGAUGACUUGACGCCAAGAAUCCUCGUGAAGAAACUAAAUGACAUGCAGAUUAAACCGGUGCAUCUAGGUGUAGCCUUACUUAUACAGUACCACCUCCGGAACACGGCAAACUUCGCCAUCAGAUCCAAAGCCCUGGAGGUGCUGUCCACCAAGCCGCAGCUGGUGGGGCCGGCGGUGGUCGACACGCUGAAGGCGUUGGCGACGCGCCUGCUGCCGGUGGCGGAGCUGCUGCAGGUGCACCUGGCGCACGCCAGUCCCGCCUUCAAGGACACCUGCCCUGCCACGUGGCUCGGCAUCGUCAACAAUAAGCCUUGA